AUGAACGCGUUCGACACCAUCGCCACUCCUGUGGGUGUAGAGCCCUUGGGGCAACCUCUGAACCGCCGUCACAGGCGUGGAGGAGUGCUGCCUUGCAGCAGGCUGCAGCGGCGCAGGCCCCGCGGGCUCUCCAUCAGCAGCAGCAGCGCCGCCGAUGGCGGCGGUGGCGGCGGCGGCGGCGGCGCCGCUUCCGGACGGGCCAGCAAGCUGCGGGGCGCUGUGGGCUCUUUGAUCGGGCAUGCUGGUGCAGCAGCUCAGAGCCUGUGGUGUAGGCUGCAGCAGCAGCAGCAGCAGCAGGGAGAGGGCUCCGUGGCGACCACCAGCGUCGGGGACGCCACCAGCGGGAGCGGCAGCGUGCAGCAGGAUGGUCAGAGCCAGGUGCUGACAUUCCGAUCAAGGGAUGGUGACGGCCAGCAGGAUGAACCAGCUGGCAUGGAGCCAACAGCGGAAUCCACCGCUGUGCCAGCGGCGGCGGCAACCGCGUCGACAACAGCCAGUGCAGGUGCCAGCAGCAGCAGCAACAACGGCGGCAUACUUCUCAGCUGGGAUGCUCCAGACGCCCAAGCCGCUGAUGGCGGCGGCGGCGGUCCCCAAGACGGCGGCAGCACCAGCAGCAUCGAUUGGGAUGCUGAGCUGGAGCGCCCGCCUGGCGCCGCACCCUGGAGGCUGGCUGGCAACCUGCUGUUUGCCAGCCUGCUGGCGGGCACGGGCGUGGCCACGGCCCUGGCACUGCAGCGGUACGGCAGCUGGCGGCAGCAGCACCCGCUGGGCGCUCCCAUCACCGUGGGCAAUGUGCCGCAGGUGGCAGCAGCUGCACGCGCCGCGGUGCCAAGGGGGGACCGCAGCGGGGUCUGGGGCCUGCAGCAUGCACCGGAGCAGGAGCGGGGCCAGGGUGUGGGCGAGGCGCGGCAGCAGCGCGACCACGACCAUGCCAGCAGCCUCAUCGUGCACAGCGCACACCAGCUGGACACGGAAGAGGAGCUGGAGCAGCAGCAGCAGCAGCAGGAGGAGGAGAGCAGCCACCAGCGGCUGCAGCAUGUGGCGGGCGACGCAGAGGUUGGAGGCAUGCACGCCGGCGCUGCCACGCACGCAGGCGCAGAGGCGGCUGCAUCGGGUGUGGCUGGCAGGGCAAGCGGCGGUCAAGCUUGGGAUCGGCAUGGCACGCACGAGCCGGAGCCGGCUGCGGCGCAGACCCCACCCCAGCAGCAGCAGCAGCCGCAGCAGCCGCUGGAGCACCGCGACCGCCAGCCCGGCCAGGAGGAGCAGCAGCCGGAGCCGGGCCAGCAGCAGCUGCCCUCCUCUGCCGCCGCCUCCCAUGCUGCCCACGCCGCCGAGCUGGCCCGCAAGUUCCCGAUCCGCACGCCCGAGGGCGCAGCCGCGCUGGAGCGCAUGCGCCGCCUGCAGCAGCGCCGCCAGCAGCUGUAUGAGCGGGUGGAGGCGCAGCAGGAGCAGCGCUGGCAGCAGGAGUAUGGCGGAGGUGGCGGCACUGAGCGCAGCGGUGGCGGCGGCGCAGAGGAGCAGGCACUGGUGCAGGAGGAGCCAGGCCCCAUGCACAAGCAGGGGCAGCAGGGGCAGGCGCAGCUGGACGUGCCGGGCACAGCGGAGGGAGCCGGGGCCGAGGCCAGGCCAGAGCAGCGGUGGCUGGAGGCUGGGGAGGAGGCGGGGCAGGACCAGGAUCGUGCCAGCCUGAGCAGGCUGCGGGAGGAGAUGGAGAUGGAGGAGCGGUGGGAGGCGGAGGCGGAGGCGGCUAUGGCGCCAGCAGCCACCUUGCGGCGGCAGAUGAGCACCAAAGCGCUGGCCCGGCGCGCCGCCGCCGCUCACCGAGCGUCUGCUGCUGCUGCGCGGCAUGCCCAGCGUGCCGCCACCGCCUUCUCCACCGCUGCGGAUGCUGCCACCACCGCCGCCAGCGCGGCGCAGCGCGCCGCUGCCGCAGCGGCGCGUGCCGAGGCGGCGGUGGAGCACAGGGUGGCUGCUGAGGUGGCGCGCGCAGCGGCGCAGGCGGCUGAGGCGGCAGCCGAGGGCGGUGCGGCGGCGCAGAAGGCAGCGCUGGCGUCAGCCAAGUCGGUUGUAGCGAGGCAUGACGCCCGCAUGCAGGCGCAGCACGCGGUGGCAGCUGCACAGCUGGGCGAGCCGCACACAGUCCUGGAGAAGGUGGCUGAUGCCUGGCAGCAGGCGCGCCGCAUUGUGAUGGCAGCCCCUCGUGCGUCGACAACACGCAUGCAGCAGGUGGUGGUGGUGGGGCAGGCAGCAGCGCAGCAGGUCGCUGCGGCAGUGCAGAGCUCCACGGCCGCCAGCCAGGCCUGGCUGCAACAGGCGUCUGGCCAGCUGCAUGACAGGACCAGCCACGCUGCAGAGCGCUUGGUGUCCGCAGCUGCGGCGCUGCGCAUGCGCCUUCAGGCAGCGGGGGCUUCCUUCAGGAGCCGGCUGCCUGGCCAGCAGCCUCCGAGCAGCUCACACUGA